CGGGUUCAUGUCUUGCCCUAUUUGCAAGAACAAAAUAAACCACUCUGUCCUAAAAGAUCUGCUGGAGCCCAUCAAAGAGCUGUAUGAGGACGUGAGGAGAAAGGCUUUAAUGAGACUGGAGUAUGAAGGACUACACAAGAGUGAAGCCAUCACAAUGUCUGGAGCUCGAUUCUACAACAACCCCGCUGGAUUUGCCAUGAACAGAUAUGCUUACUACGUCUGCUUCAAGUGCAAAAAG